UCUAUCUGGCGGUCGAUGUACCGAGCGUUCGGCCGUCCCAUCCUGCUCAGCAGCACCUUCCGCUACCUGGCCGACCUGCUGGGCUUCGCCGGGCCUCUCUGCAUCUCCGGCAUCGUGAAGUACCUCAACGCCAGCGACGAAGUCCCGGCGCCUGAUAAGGAAAAGGAGACCUAUUUCGGCGUGUACUUCAUGUCCUCCACUGAGCUGCUGCAGAACACUUCAGUCCUGGCCGUCCUCCUCUUCCUGGCGUUAAUCCUGCAGAGGACCUUCCUGCAAGCCUCCUACUACGUCACCAUAGAAACGGGCAUCAACCUGCGAGGAGCCCUGCUGGCGAUGAUUUACAACAAAAUCCUGCGUCUGUCCACCUCCAACAUGUCUAUGGGGGAGAUGACACUGGGACAGAUCAACAACCUGGUUGCCAUAGAGACCAACCAGCUCAUGUGGUUCCUGUUUCUCUGCCCCAACCUGUGGGCCAUGCCUGUACAGAUUGUGAUGGGAGUGAUUCUGCUCUACUAUCUAUUAGGCUACAGCGCCUUAGUUGGAGCGUCCGUCAUCGUCCUGCUGGCUCCAGUUCAGUACCUCAUAGCUACGAAGCUGGCAGACACUCAGAAAAGCACACUAGAGCACUCUACCGAUCGCCUGAAAAAGACCACAGAGAUCUUAAAGGGGAUAAAGCUACUAAAGCUGUACGCCUGGGAGAAUAUCUUCUGUGAUAGUGUGGAGGACACCCGAGGAAAAGAGCUCACCAGCCUGAAGACAUUCGCUUUCUACACUUCUAUGUCAAUUUUCAUGAAUGCUGCUAUUCCCAUUGCCGCCGUACUUGCGACGUUUGUGAUGCAUCAUUUCAUCAAUGAAAAAGGUCCGAGUCCUUCUGAAGCUUUCGCUGCUCUGGCGUUGUUCCACAUCCUGGUGACUCCUCUGUUCCUGCUCUCCACUGUCGUCAGAUUCGCCGUCAAGGCUUUGGUCAGUGUCCAGAAGCUCGGCGAGUUUCUGCAGAGUGACGAAAUUGGAGACGACAGCUGGAGGAACGGAGACAUGGCUGUUUCCCUGGAGCCCGGUAAAAAACACCUGGGGCCGACCAAAGCCAUCAACAGGAAGCAGCCAAUGCGCUACCAGAUGGACAACUACGAGCAGCCGACCAGGCGUCAGAUGAGACCCACGGAGACGGAGGAUGUGGCUGUAAAGGUGAGCAAUGGAUUCUUCACCUGGGGAAGCAACCUGUCGACGCUGUCCGACAUCAACAUCCGCAUCCCAACAAGUCAGCUGACAAUGAUCGUGGGCCAGGUGGGUUGUGGGAAAUCGUCCCUGCUGCUGGCCAUGCUGGGCGAGAUGCAGACCAUCGAUGGAAGAGUCCACUGGAGCGAGCUGCCUGAUUGUGAGAGGGUCUACGAUGGGAACUUCAGCAAGAACAGAUACUCGGUGGCCUACGCUGCCCAGAAGUCGUGGCUGCUGAACGCGACGGUGGAGGAAAACAUCACAUUCGGGAGUCCGUUCAACAAACAGAGGUAUAAGACAGUGAUUGACACCUGCUCUCUGCAGCUAGAUAUCGACCUGCUGCCUUUUGGAGACCAGACUGAGAUCGGAGAGCGAGGCAUCAACCUGAGUGGAGGUCAGAGGCAGAGAAUCUGUGUGGCUCGAGCUCUCUACCAAAACACCAACAUCGUCUUCUUGGACGACCCGUUCUCAGCGCUGGACAUCCACCUCAGCGAUCACCUGAUGCAGGAAGGAAUCCUCAAGUUCCUGCAGGAGGAUAAACGGACGGUGGUCCUCGUCACACAUAAACUGCAGUAUCUCAUACACGCAGACUGGAUCAUAGCAAUGAAGGACGGCUCCGUGCUGAGGGAGGGAACUCUAAAGGACAUUCAGACUCACGACGUCGAGCUCUACGAUCACUGGAAGACGCUGAUGAACAGACAGGACCAAGGAUUAGAGAAGGACAUUCAGCAGGACAGUCAAACAACACUAGAGAGGAAAACACUGAGGAGAGCUUUCUACUCCAGAGAGGCAAAGAACCAGAUCGACGAUGAGGACGAAGAGGAAGAAGAGGAGGAAGAAGAUGAUGACAACAUGUCCACAACUACUAACAGACGAUCGAAAAUCCCCUGGAGGGUUUGCUGGUGUUACAUGUCCUCCGGUGGCUUCUUCAUGGUUUUCCUGAUGGUUUCCUCUAAACUACUCAAGCACUCUGUCAUCGUUGCCAUUGACUACUGGUUGGCACGCUGGACGUCCUCCAAAACCAAUCAGAGCACUGGUGCUGGAGCGUACUCGUCCAACGGAACCAGUCUGGCCGAGACCAUCGGCAUGAACACCACCUCAUACCUGCCCGUGUUUAUCAUCCUGUGUGCAGCCGGCAUCACUUUAUGCCUCAUCACUUCUCUCACUGUGGAGUUUCUGGGUCUUUCUGCAGCAACCAACCUGCAUCACAACCUUCUCAACAAGAUCAUCCACGCUCCCAUCAGAUUCUUUGACAUUACUCCGCUGGGUCAGAUCCUCAACAGAUUCUCAGCUGACACCAACAUCAUCGAUCAACACAUCCCUCCUACUCUGGAGUCUUUGACCAGAUCCACGCUGCUCUGCUUGUCGGCCAUCGGAGUCAUAUCCUCCAUCACUCCGGCAUUUCUGAUCGCUCUGCUUCCUCUGGCGGUCGCUUUCUACUUCAUACAGAAAUACUUCCGUGUGGCCUCUAAAGACCUGCAGGACCUCGAUGACUCAACGCAACUUCCUCUGCUGUGUCACUUCUCUGAGACCGCCGAGGGUCUCACCACCAUCAGAGCGUUCAGGCACGAGGCUCGUUUUAAGCAGCGCAUGUUGGAGCUGACGGACACCAAUAACACAGCUUACCUGUUCCUGUCUGCUGCCAACCGCUGGCUGGAGGUCCGAACGGAUUACCUCGGAGCAGUGAUAGUGCUCACAGCAGCAGUCACUUCUAUAUGGAGUUCACAGUAUUUACCAGCUGGAGGUCUGGUGGGGCUCGGACUCACCUACGCUCUCACCGUCACUAACUACCUGAACUGGGUUGUGAGGAACUUGGCCGACCUGGAGGUUCAGAUGGCGGCCGUGAAGAAGGUCAACAGCUUCCUCAGCACCGAGUCGGAGAACUACGAAGGAUCUAUGGAUGCCACUCAGGUGCCUGAAAACUGGCCUCAGGACGGUGAGAUAAAGAUCCAGGACCUGUGCGUGCGCUACGACCCGAUGCUCAAACCGGUGCUCAAGCACGUCAACGCUUACAUCGAACCAGGCCAGAAGGUGGGAAUCUGUGGUCGCACAGGCAGCGGGAAGUCUUCGCUGUCUUUGGCCUUUUUCAACAUGGUGGAUAUAUUUGAAGGAAAGAUUGUCAUCGAUGGGAUCGACAUCUGUAAGCUUCCUCUGCAGACGCUCAGGUCGAGACUCUCCAUCAUCCUCCAGGAUCCUGUGUUAUUCAGCGGAUCGAUAAGGUUUAACCUCGAUCCAGAGAGGACGUGCACCGAUGAUCGACUCUGGGAGGCGCUGGAGAUCGCUCAGCUGAAGAACAUGGUGAAAGCACUUCCUGGAGGACUAGAUGCGGUCGUGACGGAAGGUGGGGAGAACUUCAGCGUGGGUCAGAGGCAGCUCUUCUGUUUGGCGAGAGCGUUCGUCCGAAAGAGCAGCAUCCUCAUCAUGGACGAAGCCACAGCGUCUAUCGACAUGGCAACGGAGAACAUCUUACAGAAAGUUGUGAUGACAGCCUUUGCGGACAGAACAGUCGUCACAAUCGCACAUCGUGUCCACACCAUCCUCACAGCCGAUCUGGUCAUCGUGAUGAAGCGAGGGAACAUUUUGGAAUACGACAAACCCGAGACUCUUUUGGAGCAGGAGGACGGGAUGUUCGCCUCAUUCGUCAAGGCUGACAUGUAG